GCGAUCCGUGCCUUACCCUCUCAACCAAUAAGCGCAAAGCUUGGAUUCCUAUAUAACAACACUUCAUCGUCUUCACAAUUCACAGUCUUCUCUCUCUCUCUCUCUCUCUGAUUUUCAGUCCCAAAAUUAAGAUUUAGGGUUUUCAAUUUCUCCAAAUUCAAUCCGAAAAUGAGUUCCAAAGGUGCCACAACAACCACCAAAGGAGGAAGAGGCAAACCAAAAGCCUCGAAAUCCGUUUCAAGAUCUUCAAAAGCCGGUCUUCAAUUCCCCGUUGGAAGAAUCGCAAGAUUCCUCAAGGCCGGAAAAUACGCUGAACGUGUCGGCGCCGGUGCUCCGGUCUACCUCUCUGCCGUACUUGAGUAUCUCGCUGCUGAGGUUUUGGAAUUGGCUGGUAACGCUGCCAGGGACAACAAGAAGAAUCGAAUUGUUCCAAGGCAUAUUCAGCUUGCUGUGAGGAAUGACGAAGAACUCAGCAAGCUUUUGGGAGCUGUAACCAUUGCUAAUGGUGGUGUUUUGCCCAAUAUUCAUCAGACAUUGCUUCCUAAGAAAGUUGGAAAAGGGAAAGGGGAAAUUGGAUCUGCUUCUCAAGAGUUUUAGGGUUUCUGUGUGCUGUUUUGAGUAGAUCUUAGUUUUAUUGUGAUGAUGCAGUUGUAACAUUUACAUGUUUGAUUAAUUUUUAAUCACUUCAAAGGGGAAAUGUUUACCAAUGUUUGAUUUUUAAUUUACAGUUAAUAAUUGCUGUUUAUUGUUA